CCUCCAAAAAAGAAGGAAACGGAUAAGCAGAAGCGAGGUUCUGAGUCUUCGGGACAUGAUGUGAAAUUGGUCGAUGCCACUUUGCCCACUGAUUCGCCGUCCAAUUUGACUGAGUCUAUUCAGGAUGGAGUUGCAGAAAAAGUACAAAAUGAAUGUCAGGAGCUUAUUGUCAAGGAGUAUGAACGUCGUGUUCAAUCGCUACAAAAUCAUUUGCGUACCCUGAUGGAGGAGAAUGAGGAAGCUACAGCUGAGAUGUCAUUGGGCAUGACGGUAGCGGAUAUUGCUGAAUUGGGAACGUCUACUACAGGAAGGCUAGAUAAGAACUUUCAGGUCGCUGAUGAUUAUCCGGAUUCUAUGGAAGAUGUUUCGGACAAGAGUGAUCAGCCAAAUCCCAAGUUGACGCCGUUAGAUGAACUCAGCAGUCAUCCUUCAAGUAACGAGUUGGAAUUCAGCUCCGAGAAGUGUCCUCCACGCAAUAUCUUAUCUAACUAUGUCUUCCUCCGUGCACUCAGGGAAGCGAUUGGCACUCACAAUUACCAAAUGUAUGGAUGUGCGCAUUGUGGUCUUGACUGGCGUUCGGCUUUGCCAUGGGACAGUGCGACAACACGUUGCAGUGGUUUGCCUCAUUUGCACCACCCGCGACUCUGGAAACAGAGGAUCCGCAAGCCACUGAGGCCACUGAAAAUUAACCCUCUGCUUCGAAGCUACGUCAACAAACUUCAAGGGAGAAGUGUUAGGCGGAAUUCCACACGGAUCCCGCUUUAUCUCUCGCAGUCAGCCGCAGAAAUACAUUCGCUCGAUGUAUUCCUUGCCAACCGGGAUGCAAUGAUACACCAGUGCCAGUAUUUGGAAAAAUGCCUAGAGCGGAUGGAAAUGGAACAUCAAAAGGACCUAGAUGAGUUGACGAGGCAGAACCUGGAAGAUCGGGCUCUCCUAAAAAAGAAUGCGAUGAAACGCCUCGAAGAAGUGGCAUCGGAAUUCCGCAACGACGCAUACGACCGAUUGAAACCAGUUUUCAGAGAAUUGCUGCAAGAAAACAUAUCGAUUGACGAGGGUUUGGUCCAACUUACUGGUGCAAUCCAGAGUCUAACGAAGGAAAAUGCAGAGUUGGGUGUAACUCAUCGGAAUUUACAGCGCGAAAGAAGACAACUUGGAAACGAGCAUAUCAAACUGGCCACGCAUAACUCUGCUGUGAUUAAACUUACCCACUUGCUUGUUGUUCAUCAAAAUCGUUUGGACAGUAUGUCCCAGGAGCAAAUAUCUGACUGUUUGUCAGCUUUGGAUUCGCUGAAAGGUCAGUGUACGGAGCUGGAAAGGCAGGAGGCCAGAGCUGCGGAAUCUCUCGAGCGAACAAAGGAUGGUUGCGAAUUGAAGGGAAAACAAAUUGAAAUGUUGCGCAAACUAUCGGAAGCUCAUAUCAGUUGGACGGCUGACACAGCGAAGGCCUUAAGCAAAGCAACUGAACUAAUUCAAAACUUUAUGUGCUGUUCAACCCCUGAGGAGACCAGCAUUGAGGAGACUGCAAAGGUAAUCGAAGGUAUCGUAUAUCAUCUUCGUCCGUCGUUAAUCGCAUUACCGAAGGAGGACAACGCUGCGAUUUUGGAUUUUUCUUGGGAAGAUGAUAAGUUAGAGGAGAGCUUGUCCGUCUCGGAAGCAGACAAAAAUGAUGUGGUUUCCAGCGAUGAGGACAAAUCAGAGGCUAGCGGAAUAAGUGAACCACAUGGUUGGCAAAUCGAUGAUACUAUUGAGGUUUCGGAACCGGAGCCGGCAUCUGACGAGGAACUAACACCAGCGCGUAGUAGUACUUCAGCGAAGCCCUUGGACACAAAGGAUAAUGUUGGUCUUCAACACAGGUUCAUGUACCUUGAUCAGAUUGGGACAAAUUUGCCGCUGUUACAACUCAAUGACUAUUGUCCAUCAUCAAAAGAAUGGCAGGAACUUCUAAACUGUUUUGUGAAACAUCUUCCUGGAAGAGAAAAGCUUGCGGAUGAUGUGACCCCAGAUAAGGAUGAAAACGGCUGUUUGCUUCCCGGCGACCUGUAUUUGAUCCCUCCACCCGGGGCAACUAUUCCAACCGCAAAAGAACAAACACAUAUGUUGAAACGAUACGAAGUUGAAAAGCUGUUUGCACCUUUGGCGGAACAGAGUGUGGUCAGA